AUAAUGUAAAUAUCCGGUCUGUCAUUUUGGAAAAGUUUGCAAACUUCAUAAAUUAUGUCAAAAAGUUUCAAAUAGUUUGAUUAUACACAUUUUACUGCAAAUUAUGGUGUAAAUUAAAGGACUUAACUCAUUUCAUACGUAUGCAUAUUAUGCACUUUUAAAGUGGGCGUGUGAUGUCGACAAAGGGACGAAUACUAGGCAUACACAUCGGAUCAAAAUCUAAGAAGAAAUCAAAUGGUACAGAUAAUCGAGAUCAGAAUUCUACAGAUGAAGGUGAUACAGUAGACACAACAAACAAAAUGACAAAAAGUUCCUCACUAACCAGUAUACCUACCAGUGAACCAGAAAAACUCAUUGUUGAUCAGAGUGAUAUCAUUACACUCACUCAGGAUGUCAAAUGUUUCUCUGAUGGACUCAAUCGCCUGAAAGCAGUAUUUGAAGAUCAUGAUUCUACAGAUGAUUUAAGAGUAACUAUUCAUGAAAGACUGGGAGAAGUUCUGUCCAUAUUAAAGAAUUUACUUCAUCAAUAUCCGGCUUUACAAUCUACAGAACUGUUUGCAGCAUCAGGAAGUCUAAUAACUAAAGUCAAAUCAUAUAACCAAGGAGGUUCUAAUCCUGAUGUCAAAGAUACUAGUUUGUAUGAAGCUAUUGACCAGCUAGCACUGGCAUUUAGUAGUGGGGUAUCUGACUACCUCAUGGGUGAUAUGGGUAGUGCAUUUUUGGAAAAAGAAACAAAAGGAACAAAGUCAUGCGAAGAUUUACUGUCCGCCAAGGAUGAAGAAAAAGGAGCAAAUAAUCAAAAUGAAGUAAAACAGUUAUCAACAUAUGAAAUUGACAGAGUGUUGUCACAAUUAGAAGCAGGAGUAGACGUAGCAUUACAGAGGGCAAAGGCUUGGUCCAAGUACAUGAAAGAUAUUACCUCCUAUAUUGAACGCAAGGCUCAUUUAGAAACAGAGUAUUCUAAAAACUUGGCGAGACUAGCACAGACAAUGCGACCUGUUUUAACAGAAGAGGGUUUUUUACCUUUACAAUCUGUGUAUUGUACAGUAUUAUCACAGGAUAUAGAGUAUGCUAGUACAUGUCAGGCCACACAAAUUUUGUUACAGACUUCAAAAUUUGUUGAGCCAUUGACAGCCAGAAGGUUGGAACAUGACAAAAUGAGAAAAACUGUGAAGGAUUCUUGGAUGAAAGAAGUUAAGAAAAUGCAUGAAGCUGUACAAAGUCUCAGAAAAGCCCAGGCCAUGUAUUUCCAACGACAACAUGAAUAUGAGAAAGCCAAGGAACAAGCCAGUAAGCUGGAGAGUGAUAUGUUGAGUCAGAGUAGUGCCAGUGCUUUGACAAAGAUGGACAAACGGAGAAAGUUAGAAGAUGAUGCUAUGCACAGAAAAGUAUUUCACAAGGCAGCAGAAGCAGAGACAACAUACAAAGCAUGUGUGGUAGAGGCUAACACUAGGAAGACAGAGUUAGAGAAUACAAAGACAGAAUUAUUAGCGAAAAUAAGGGAGCAAAUAUUUCUGUGUGAUCAAGUAAUAAAAUCAGUUACAAUAGAAUACUUCCAUUUACUACAAACUGUGACGGCUCCUAUACCUGUACAGUACCACACAAUAUCAGAGACUAGUAAACAGUAUGAAGUGGGUUUCCAAUAUGGCGAGUUUGUUAAACGAUUGCCUGUUACUGAUAAAAAUAGUAUGAUAGCUGAACCAUUUGCAUUUGAACCUUAUAUAAACGGUGCUAGAGAUGCUGGGAGGAAAACCAGUACACAGUCUACAGGGUCAGGUUCUUCUGAUCAUCAUUCACAAGAUGAAUCCCCUUCAUUUACAGGGGACAGAAAAGAUAAAUACAGGGUAGCAGUGAAGGCAUGGCCUGUUGGUAGUGAUACAGAUAGUGGUAGCAGUAAAUCUUCACCAAGUAACAGUCCACACCAAACAGGCCGACGUACACUCAAAACAGCAAAAUCAUUAGAUGAACUCACUGAAGGAGACCAUGGAGGAGGUUUUCUACAGAUACCACCAUGUAUAUUGAAAGGUGUAGAUGUAUCCAUACAGGGUAUGACUAAGGGAGGUGGUAAACGAAGGAAUACAACAUUUGGUGUAGACUUCCAAGAGCAGGUGGAACAAUGGAAAUCAGCAGUUCCUCCUAUUGUUAAAAGGUGUUUAAAGGAAGUAGAACAAAGGGGAAUCACUCUGAGGGGUAUAUACAGAGUGUCAGGUGUUAAAAGUAAAGUAGAGGGUCUAUGUCAGAGAUUUGAAAAGGAUCCUGAUUCGAUAGAACUGUCAGAAGAACACCCCAAUGUUAUAUCUAAUGUAUUAAAGCUUUAUCUUAGGCAGCUUCCAGAACCAUUAUUGACAUUUAAAAUGUAUUCAGAAUUUAUCCAUUUAGCAAAAGAGAGUGUUGCAGGUGCUUUGACAUUAGAUGAAACAAUAGAAAAACUUGGUGUUUUAAUAUCAAAACUUCCUUAUUCCAAUUUCAAAACUUGUGGAGUGCUAAUGUACCAUUUACAAAGAGUUGCGUCUUUUAAUAGUGUAAACCAGAUGACUUCAAGUAACUUAGGUAUAGUGUUUGGACCAACCUUGCUCAGACCAUUGGAAGGCACAGCAUCCUUAGCCUCUUUGGUAGAUACCCCACAUCAAACCAGAACUGUAGAAUUACUUAUAACAAAUGCACAAUUAAUUUUUGGACCAGAAACUGAGUAUGAGUUGAUACCAGGUGAAACACCAAUAGAACCAAUAACAGAAAAGUCACAACCAAAACCUGACACUAGUACUAAAAUAGUCAUUACAAAAGAUGAUGUAAAAGCAGCAUCCAGUCCUAAUAUCUUAUCUGCAGAGAAAACAGUAGAUCAGUUAGUACAGGGAGACAAUGAUAAUUCUGUGCAAUCAAAGACAUCUGAUGCAGAUUUUGUAUUACCUGGGAGCGCUCAUUGUAAUAAAAAAGAAAUUGUGCCUUUAUCAGAUGGAGAAAGUAGUAUGGUAUUGAACAGCGAUCAUGGAAAUCAUUUUGUUAGACCGCCUGAACUUAUUAAACGUUCCCCACCUCAAGUACUCAAGAUACAGCCUGCCACCAUACAAGCUUUAACACUAGAAAAGAAGAAAAUAAAUCUUCCCACAAUUACAGUUAUAGAAAGUAGUCCUAUCAGAGAGUACCCACCACAACACAACUUUGCUGCCACACUUGCCCAAACAACAACACAAUCCAACCCAACUCAUGCUUUGUCAGAAAGCCAUCCAUUGUCAAUGGCUUCUCAUGAUUCUACCACAGAAACCCCUACAAUCCAGGCAUUGAUAAAAGCUACUAAAGCUACAUUCUCCAUAGAGAAUUUUAAAUCUCAAUCCACUGCACAAACCGAUACAGAUGCAUUAGCUGUGGAAAAGCAGGUUAUUUUACCACAGGUUGAAGUUGUAAAAACUGAUGAUGAAGACUCAAAUAACAAUGCUCCCACAAAGCCAAAACCUUCAGAUUUACCUCCCUUGAACACAUUGACAAUCACUUGUCCUUCAUCACCACUGCUUCAACGGCAUGCUUUAAUGCAAGCUCAGAAAGAGGCUGGGAAUUCAUCACCUCCUGUACUUCGUCGAAAUACAUCCGCUAAACGAUCUCCACCUUUAUUUAGGACUUCACUGACUGACAUUGGGAAUAAGUCCAGAGAGGCAGAUGGCCAUAUGGGUAGUUUAUCUCCUAAAUUGUCACGGAGAUUCUCAGGUCAGGGUAGUUCUUUGUCUGGGUCAUGGACAAGAUCUUCUUCCUCACUAGAUAGUAAAGAAGGGAGUAUUUCUCCUCUUCUUUCUAUUCAUGCGAAUAUAUCUGAUAAAAUGGAUGAAACUGCAAGCACUAAAAUGGAAAUAGAUGAAAAGAAUACUUUGGAUUUAGAUAUGACAGUAAGGUCAGGAAUGUUUGAUACCAUGAAUGUGAAAAAAACUGAUAUGAAAAAAAAUGUGACCUUUUCAUUAGAUCUAGAUACACAGUCAUUAUCAUCUGAUAUUUCAAGUAAAGAUGGUGAUGAAAGUCAUAUGGAUAUGUCAGUACAGUCUGCUGUACCAACCGUCAAAACAAAGCCUACUCAAAAUAAAACAGACCAAUCAAAGCCUGUAGUGAAAGAACGUAAAAAGAAAGGGCCAUUAGGAAUAGUGAUGGGCAAAGCUGCAAUAGCUGCGAGGGCGGUCAGUAGUGGUGCUCAGCGAUCAAUAAGCUCUUCCUCUUCAUCGUCUAGUCCUAAACAACCUGUUACAUCUACUAAACCUGAUCUAAAACCUGAACGUAAACAUUCUCAUAGUCAGUGUGUGAUGGGAACAAGUGCAGCACAUAGCAGUCGGACAGGGCAUAUUUCUUGUGCCACUUGUGGGAGGAGGAGAGCCGCUUCACAGAGUAAUGUAGCUUCAGAACCACCUACAAAACAGCAGGCGAAGGGUAAACAAGCACCGGUUAGAAAAAUAUCGACUGAAUCAUAUCCACGUAAAACUACAGAUACAACUUCUUCAUCUAAAUAUGCUAGUACUCGUGAGUCAUCUGAUAAAAGUGGGCAGAAGCCAAGUAAGAAGUCUAAGACAGAAAGAAGACCUUUCUUUGUUUAAGUCCUUUUAUUUUGUUUUGUUUGUCAGGCAAUUCUUUACUUUUUCUUUCAUAUAAAUGACUCAUAAACCUUAAAAGUAAGGUUGGUAGCAAUUUAAAAUAUGCAAUAACUGGUUGAUUUUCAAUGGAUUAUGUUUUAGGUGGUUAAUUAUGUUUUAAAGGACCAAAUUAUGUUGCAAUUUUCAUUUAAUGUGUUGUAAGAACAAUGGAUGUUUUGGUUUCUUGUGAAAGAACCAUAUAAUAGACUACAAGUUCUUUUUAUUUUAACCAAAGCUUCAUGAUUUGACACAAAGUUGUUUGGUCAUUUAAUGCAUUUAAAACCUUGUUGGUGCAUAUUUAUGUUUGUUUGUUUGUUUUCCCCGCCCUUGACAUUUGUGCAAUAUAUAUGUUAAUUUCCAGCAAUAAAAUCAUUGUUGUUAUUUACAGAAAGUGUACAUAGUUAUUAUAAAAUAUUUAUUAUAAGGAUGUAUCAUAAAUGUAUAUAGUAGGUUUAGUAAAUUAGAGGAUAAGAUCAAAUUACAAGGUUUGAUAUGUAUUUAUAUUGUAGAAACGAUAAAAUCAGUAUUUAUAUAUUUGACUCCAAAUCUGUCAUAUUGCAAAAUGAGGAUGUGUCUUUUAAAUUUCCCCACUAUAUAAUGUAUUGGAAUUUAAAUUUAACUUUUUAUGAAAGUUGGCCCAUAACAAAGACGAGAAACCAUGACGAUUUCAUAAAGACUGUAAAAUUUAAAAUCACAUGUCAAUUUGACUCCUCAAUUUAAACCACAUUAACAAAGGUAUUCUAAGAUAUAUAUUUAAUUACUAAACUUAAGGAGUGAAUUAAGGGCUUUUGCUUUUACAGAAUUCUAAUACUCUUUAAAAAAAGGCCUGAAAAGCUUUUGUAAUAUUUCAUAAAUGUUAAAAACACUGGAUGUCAGAAUUUGUUUCUACAUUGUUACUAAAAUUGUGGUAGUUGUAUUAGAAACUGGUUACCUAAGUGUAAAGGAAAGCAUAUUCUAUAAGUUUUCAAGACUGGGAACCGGUAUUAUCAUCUCAAGUCAUUAUGUUCUUUACAUUAGAAGAUUCAUUGACUAUCUAUAUCAUGCUAAUUGACCAAGUAUAUAAACAGUGUGAUUUUUAAUAUGUCAUUUUUGUAGCAUAUUGAGUUGUUAGGAUUUAAAUGAUAUCACUAUGGAAACAUGUAAGAAAACCUAAAUUUUCAAUCAGAAAAAAGGGGGGAACCAUGAUGUUACAAAUUGAAAUACUUCCAUACGAUUUUAUUUUGUAUAGCUUUUAGUACAUUGUAAUCCCUAGUAAUGGUCCUGGAUAUUGAUCAUUUGUCAUUUUUAUUUAAAAAGGAAGAAUCAUUAGAAAAAAAGCAAAGACAGUAUAUCUAAAAAUGCAAAGAAACAUUGCUCGAAAUUGUUCUUUUACGAAAGCACAGAAAGGCAUCACUUUUUAUAUAAAUAAAUCAACUAUCUGGUGUAGUGUAGAUCAGAACAUUCUUUGAAGAUUAUUCAUUCUGGUAUAUAUAGUUCAAAAGAACAAUGCUCAGUGCUGUUUGCAAUUCUAAAAACACUCUUUCAUUCAACAUCUUAGACUAUUAUACAGUGAUGAAGGGAGCAUUUAUUUACGUUUUGUUUUUCCAAUUUUUUUAUUGAAAUAUUUUUGUAUGUAGAGAUCUGUCGCAUGAUGUGUAAUAUUUUCCUUUAUUUUAUGGUAUUUAUAUAUAUCUGUGAUAUUGCACAUGAUUUCACAUAUUGAGGUUUUUUAAUGUAAUUUUUUUCUGACUUGUGUCAUAAAUAGCAGAUAUGCAUAAUCAUAUCCUGCAAAAAAAAAACUCUGAAUUACAGAAGAAACAAAUAUUGUAUCACAAAGCUUCAUACUUGCUAAUUUUUUAUACCUUUCAAAUGAGAUAACCAUAAAUCUAGUUAAAGUAAGAAUUCCUUUCUGAGCUUUAGAGUAUUUUCUUCAUCUUUAAUUCCAAUCCAAUUUCCUAUGGGUUUUUCACAUAGCCUCUUUUUCCUCAAAUCAGUGAAGAUUUCAUGACCUAUUUAUUCCAACUACCCUAAUUUUGAAAAUUAAAGUUCGAUUUUCGGCCCAUCUCCAUUCACUCUGGUGUUUUCUGUUUGAUUUUAAAUUGCAGAUAUUCAAUAUUUAUAAAUUAUUUUGAAGAUAUUGCUUUCCUUAUGUUUGCUCUGUGGUCUCAUUAAUCUUUUUAUUAGCUGGUGAAUCAGUUAAGGUGACUGUAGUGACAGUUUUACAACCUUAACAUCAGAGCUCAAUUUAAAUUCCUGUAUAAAUAUAGAAAUAAGGAGAUGUGGUAUGAUUGCCAAUGAGACAACUAUCCACCAAAGUUGAAAAUUUGAAAUGAAGUGGAUGUAAGUAAUUAUAGGCAACUAUACGGCCUUCAACAAUAAGAAAACCCCAUAUCAUGUAGUCAUCUAUAAAAGGCCUGGACAUGAAAAAUAUGAAACAGUUCAAUUGAGAAAAUCAAUGGCCUAAUUUAUAAAAAACAAUUAUAACAGAUAUGAACCAACAACAACCACUGAACUACAGGCUCCUGAUCACUGAACUACAGGCUCCUGAUGUUUGUUAUGAGACUCUUUAUACUGGGUCCUUUUGGAUUAGAGUUAUUAUCUAAUUAAUAUGCAUGUGUACACCAAAUUGUUAAUAAUUUAUGUAAUGUCCCUAUUUUACCAAAUUCACUGUCACCUAAUGACUGUGACCCAUGAAGUGAAAUAUACUUUGAACAAAGGAGCUUUGUUUAUUUAUAUAUAUUGUUUAAACAUUUAAUUUUGCAAAUCGACCAAAUUUUUAAGAACCUUUAAAUUUAGGACCAAUCUGGUCCCGAACUGUACCUGCUCUAUUGUAAAAAAUUGUGAUCUUUAAUGAUUUUUUUUUGUAUGCAGCUCAGGGUGUGAGCUAAGGUUGUAUAAUUGAGUGGUGGAAUGGUUCAGAUAAAUGUCUUAAUUUCAUUGGUAAACAGAAAUGAACCUCAUCAUAAUAUAACUGCCGUUUGAUUACUGGUAAAAUCUGAUGCCUUAUGUGCUAAUAAUGAAUAUACCUUAUUAGAUUUAUGAAUAGAAUUCUGUAUAAUAUAUGAUUGUGAUAGCUUUAAGUGACAAUACGUAGAUUUUAUUUAUAUAUCUAGUCACUCUUUCUCAGGUUAUAUGUAUUUCUCUGUUCUUGUAGAUCUGUCAAGUCUUCUGUUUCCAGUGACAUAUUACUAUGUCUUGUUUUAAGAUCUGAUAUAUUUAAUGAAUUCCUUAGUUUGUAAUGAAUUUUGUUUUGUUCUAAAAGAUAGUUAAGUAUUUAUAUAUUUGUUCAAAUUUCACAACUUUAUAUGAUCAGUUUUCUUAAUUUUUAGAAAUUCUAUGAUACCACCACUAACAUAAUUAUAGAUAGAAAUUUGUUGAAAAUUUAGUUAAGUAUUUGCAAGUAGUUCUAUAUUUCUAAUAUUGAUUAGUAUUUCUGAUAUUUGCAUUGAUUGCAAUAAAUGUAUUUUUCAUACUUCAAGAUAAUGGUUUCAAAAUGGCUGUAAAUAUUCUGUUUUUAAUCAAAAGUAGCAAUAUUUACAGAACUAACUGAUCAUGUGUUAUUUAAAAGUUAAUGAAUUUUUUUUCUUAUAGUUUACAAAAAAAAAGCCAUUUUAAUUGCUUUGCUUGCAUCAUAUAACAAAAUAUUUUUUUCAGUGAGAUAAAAAGUUAAAUAACAACAGUGAGGUUUUGUAACUUCAAAACUCAGUCAAUAAUAUAUCCUGACACGAAUCAGUCAUUCAAAUAUCACCAAGUAAGUUUAAAGUUUUAUUUCCUGUAAAAGAUGGUUCCAAUUUUUUUAAUGAAAACUGAUAGUAAAAAUUUUUAGAUUUCACUUAAAGACAAUCAUCUUCUAUACUGUUUAGUGACUAAAAUAUGUGGAAUUCUUAUGUCAUCAGUAGUAUUAGAUAAUGUGCCAUAAAUUAUACCGUAGAAUAUUUAUAGGAUUACUUACUAGUAAUGGCCAUAUUAUUUCGUAAUGGAUGACAGAUUUAAAACAAUUAUAUAUGGACAAUUCAUAAAACUUCUGAAAUAAAUUAAGUCAUAAAUUAUUAGAUUUUAGUAGAAAAUCCGAAAAUAUUAUACUGUUAAAACAUAGUUCCCCAGGUUGUAUUAUUGCUUUGCUUUAAAGGUUGUCUGGGAAUUAAUAGGUUGUAUUAACAGUUCAGAAAACUAGUAGGUUGACCAUUGUAUCCCUUCUAUGUUUAAUGUGAUGUGUAUGUUAUUUCUCAGAAUGUCAUAAUAUAUGUAGUUUUAUAUACUCAAACAAUUUACAACUAUAACAAUGUUUAGAUAACUGUAUGUCAGAAUUUAUUUUGAAUUUACAGUCCAAAUAAAUAAGUAUAAAUCAUA